AUGAGAAUUCAUAAAACUCAUUUGUUAUCGAUAUUCAUCGGCGCACUAUUAAUACUAAAUCUUUAUAAAUUACAACUAUCUUCCUCAACAACUAAGUCAAGCCGAUGGAAAAAAGAUCGUCUCGUCGUAAUACCAGCAAUCUACAAUGAAAUUAAUUGGUCGGAUCAUAAAAAAUGGCCUGAUUGGUUGCGUUAUGGACUUGAUUUGUUCAAUAAAAAUCACUCGAGAAUGUACGAUGUUUAUUUGUAUCAACGUUUGAAUGCCAAAUUGGAUCCGCCAUAUAAUUGGCCAUACGCAAUCAAUGUUCAUGAAGAAGCUGGUGUCUUCUUGAAGUUUAUUUUCGAUUUCUAUCAUGAUUUGCCCGAUAAAAUGUUAUUUAUUCACGCAAAUCCAUUUCAUCAUUCACUACGUCCGUUUGAGGCAGCGCAAUGUAUUCGAGAUGAUGUUUACUAUACAACAAUCAAUACUCGUUGGAUACAAAAUCAUCCGUGGACAUCAACAGUUUAUGAUCCAACUGAUAAUCAAACAUUAAUAUACAAAUGCGCGAAACGUUUACUGACUUUAUUCGGUUAUGAUGGUGAUGCUCAAUUAAAUCCACGUAACAUCCAACCAAAGGAACAUAGUGUUGUCUCAACAAUGUGCUGUGCACAAUUUUACGUAAGAAAAGAGCGAAUUCUACAUUACACAUAUGAACAAUGGUCCGCUGUUUAUAAUGCAAGUCUUCAACCGUACUGUGCAACACCGCUGGAUCGUGAACUACCUGGUGGACCAGGAAUGAAAUGGUUUGGUGGAAGUUUUGAAUAUCUAUGGCACAUUAUUCUAGGUCUUUAUCCAGCAGAUAUGUUACCGCCAAGAGCAAAGACAACUACAGGUUUAUGCCGAUAUUUUCGUCCAUCGUGUAAAAGUUUUUCUUGUGAAAGUGCAUACGUUGAUGUUUAUGUGUAUCCCGAUCCGAAAUCAAAUAAGACUAAUUAG